AUGCGUGCUACGAUUGUCGUGCUCGCUGCGUGCUUGGUGCUGGCGUCUGCCCAGACGCUCCAGUUGCCCGAUUUCUCACAAAAUGAGCGCAUUUCCACCGAGCUCGAUGCCAAUCAGCAAUCCAUCUUCAUGGAAGAACACACAAUUCCGACCAACUUUGACGGCACCGAUUCGCCCAUGACUCUUGUUCGCGCUGUCGGUCCCGACAAUGGCCUCAAAGCCCUGAUUCAAUCCAAGGACAAGCUGACCAUGCUCUCGGCGACCCAAGGCUGCCAGGUGCUCGAGUCGACCGAGGACCAGCCCGUGGCGUUCAUUCCGGACGCCGCAGCCUUUGCCGACUACACCGGCCCCAAGCGUCAGUUCUUCUUUGGCUACCGCGAUCUCGUGAACAACCACGACUUGAGCUCUGCCGAGUUCAAUGAAACCCGAAUCUUCCGCGGCAUCUCGUGCAACGUCUUCACGGUCGCCAACAUCCAGAAGGCGGGCGUUGCCUACGACGCAACCAUCUACGCUCCGGACAGCGACUGGACUUGGUUUAACAGCGACAACUCGGACAAGUGGCUUGCUGCGGUCGAGCUGAACGGCAUUCUGUGCGCGAGCCGAAACGAGACGUGCGACUUUGACAGCGCCAAUGCCACCGCCGACUCGACCACGUUCACGCAGUGGUACAACUUUUUCUUCCCGCUCACUGACACUGGGGUCACCAACCCGUCGCUCGACCUUGGUCUGCUUGCCUUCUGCCCGCUGGACUCUUCGAGCGACAGCUCGUCGGUUGCCGCACCCGUCUUCCCCGAGACCGCCAACGCCCAGGUGCUCGUCACCAAGGUCGGCUCCACCGAGUCUGUUCUGACCUGGGAGGCGUGGAAGUUUGUCACCGAGACGACCGAGACAUCGAGCUUCAACCUGACCGAGAACGGCUGGAUUGUCAAGACCAACGCUGGCUUUGCCGACCAGUCCAUCUUUGCCGUGGCCUUCUCGCGCAACCUGACCUUCACCAUUGACCCUUCGUACGGCUGCAACGAGACCGACUCGUCCGACACGUCGAUUGAGCUGGUGAACGAGAAGACGGACAACGUGUUUGGCCUGCCCGAGGCGCUCACCAGCUCCAACUAUGCCAAGCGUCUGCUCAGCUCGUCCCCGCUCACCAUCCACGGUCUGAUUGAUCUGUACCUGAUUGGCAACCAGCUCAACCUCAACCUCACGUACAAUGGCCAGCGCCUCGUUCGCGACAUUGCCUGCAACUCGUGGUUCGACACCGAGCCCUCGUCGGCAGUUGUUGAACCUUCUGGGUCUGCUGAGCCCUCCUCGGCACCUUCUGCUUCUGCGGAGCCAGAGCAACCAAUCGCCACACCCACAAUCAAGGCUCGCCAGUACUUGCUCAUCAUGGACUUUGCCAUCGCCGAUUGGACCUUUUCAUCCAGCAGCGUCGAGCUCGACUCGACGCCCGUGCGCUUCCAGCUGCUCGAAAUGAGCACGGACAGCAGCGCCAAUUCGUCCUCGACUGGCGCCUUCAACUGGAACUCGGAUGAAAUCACCGAUGCCACCACAUCGGGUCUGAUCGUCAACAACUGGAUCUUCGACAUCUUCUCGAUCAGUGGUGGUGUUCCCAAGGGCGAACUCAGCCUGCCCGAGUUUGCCCAGUGCACUGCGCCCCCAUCCAACGCAACCAAGUACUAUCCCGAGCUGGCAUCCCGCUUUGUUUCGUACAUUAGCAUGAUUGACACCGUGACCCCGUCCACGGGCUGGAUGCAGUCGUGGUGGAACAACGACACCGACGGCCUCCGCUUCUCCUUCUUUGACGGCAUUGACAUCACCUUGAGCAAGAUCAUCCUGGGCGAGUCCAACCAGCUGAACACUGUGUUUGUCAAUGACGGCACCUGCUCAUCUCAGACCCUGCCCGUGUCCCUCAACCCCUUCCUCCCUGCAGACGAAGUCCAGCAGAACGAGACCACUGUUGAAUUCUCGGCCAGCAACACGAUUACUCCCGACCAGAAGGUUCAAGAGCUUGUGCUGCUCUUUGGCCGCCUCGACCUUGUGAAGGCUGUCUUCAUCGGCGAACGCGACGUGAACGGCCUUGUUGCACAGUACUGGCUUGGUCACGACGAGACCUCGGAGCUGUGGUUUGGCUUCUACUUUAUCAAGCCGCUUGAUGACAGCAAUUCUGCCCUGUAUGUCCCAUGGCGCCUCGAGGUCUCCAAGUUUGCAUCAUGCGAGUCUGAAGAUGGAUGCUCCGACGACGGAUUCUGGUCGCCAAAGCGCGUCUACGAGGUGCAUCGCGUUUACGACUUUGUUGGCUUGUCCACGCAGCGCAACAUUCCUCCAGUGACGUUCAACCCGCCAUCGUGCAGCGUCAGCCCCUCGAGCUCCUUGCCAGCCACCGUCUCCGCCACCAACAUUAUCCCGAUUCCGCCAAUCUCGGGUUCAGUUUCUGCCUCUGCCUCUGCCUCUGCCUCUGCCUCUGUCUCUGCCUCUGCCCGAGUGUCUUCCUCGCAGAUUGUCUCUGCGUCUGUCUCUGCAUCCGAGUCGAUUGUAUCUGCUUCCGGCUCCGCCUCGGCUUCCGCUUCUGUUUCUGGAUCGGUCGAGUCGGCUAUUUCGGCCUCCUCUGGCUCUGCCGUUUCUGGUUCUGCCUCUACCAUCUCUGGCUCUGCCUCUGCAGUCUCUGGUUCUGCCGUCACCGCCUCUGCAAUCUCUGCUUCCGGAGCGACUGCCUCAGCAAUCUCUGCUUCGGCCGUCACCGCGUCACCGUCCGGAAUUCCAAUUAAUGUCACCUACACUGUCUCUGGCUCCGCGGUCGUCUCUCCUUCUGUGAUUAUCAACGCAACUGCUACCACGGGCAUUGUGCCAGUCCGUCGUGGUGCUGGACGCGGAGCAGAGCAUGUGAUGCGUCGCGAGGUGGCCAACGCCAACCAAGCCUCCACUGGCAACCACAAGUCUGGCAUGGCCCUGCCUGUUGUUGCAGGCAUCGCCUGCUCUACCCUGCUUGUUGGAGCUGCGUUUGGCGUUGCAAUGGGCAUUGUUUACCGUCGCCGCCAGCGUGAGCACGGCUACGUGCAGCUUUCGACCGCUCCCUUGGACUCGAUCUCGACUCCGUAA